AUGGAUAAACUAUUACACUGGUCGGUUGCCAACUCUCAAGGCGAUGCGGAAGCUGCCAAGAAGGCUGGACAACCAGAUCCUAAAUUAUUGCAACAGCUGUUUGGAGGGGGUCCCGACGAGCCCGCUUUGAUGAAACAGGCUAUUGUAGUAAUCACAAAUCCAGAGGCAGAGCUGGAGGCCAAAUUGAUUGCAUUUGACAAUUUUGAAAUGCUCAUCGAGAACUUGGAUAAUGCAAAUAAUAUUGAAAACUUGAAGCUUUGGGAGCCAUUGAUCGGGGUAUUGCAAAGUCCUGAACCAGAACUCAGGGCGUUUGCUCUUUCUGUAAUUGGCACUGCAGUGCAAAACAAUGCGAAAUCUCAGGAGAAUUUCUUGAAGUACGAACAUGGGCUACCUCAGUUAAUAAAGAUAGCCAAAGAUGCAAACGAGAAAACAGACGUUAGAACGAAGGCCUUUUACGCUUUGUCAAAUCUUGUCAAACACAAUGCGGACUCUUAUGCACAGUUCGACAAACACCAUGGCCUCGAUGUUAUUGCCCCGGUGCUGUGUGAUCCAAAAGCCACCGACAAACUAAAACUUCGAGUCUUGGCUCUGACAACUGCCCUUAUGACUAGCACAACUAUCAACGAGACUUUCAUGGCGACUUUAAGAAAAGAGAACAUAAUGCAAACGGUGUUGAAGUUUCUGCAUUGUGGAAGCAACAUAUAUAUCGUCGACAAGGUCUUGAACUUUCUCUCUCAACUGAUAAAUGCAGCUGAAAAAUUCAGUGAGUCUGAAAUCACCGAGCUGAAAUCAUCGUUGCAAGAUAUAGAGAGCAUUAAGGAACGUUUAAACGAAGAUGACUAUCAGACCGUUAAGCUCGCGAUUGAUCAGUAUUGA